CGGGGAGAUUUAAAUGGAUGAAUUUGCUACUUUCUAGUUCAAAAUGUAAACAGAAACCUUUUAAAACGUUGAAAAGCGAAGAUCUGCAGGACAUUGGCAAUGUGUUAUGUCGCUAGAGCUAUUAGUGGCAUGAGAUAUGAGAGUUAUUGGUAAACUAGGCAUCGGUCUGGCAACUGUAUUGGGUGGUUCAUAUCUUGGACACCUGCUUUUCAAUCAGCGUGAAUGGUUCAACUUGGCUGUCGCUAAUUAUGUUCAGGUUCCUAUGAAAGAAGAGUUACAAGGUCUUGUUCCCACAGGAACGCAACUGCUUGGCUUUUUUGUCUCACAGUUUCCCAAACAAAUCUUGAUGCUUUCUCAGUCAGAUCAUUUUCUCAUCAGAAAUAUUUCCCAGAAGAUUUUAUCCUCUGCCAUCUUACCAGAAGGUUUCAACAUUGCCACAACACUUGAUGAAGUUUCUGAUAGUGUUUUAACGAGUCUCGCCAGGGAAUCCAUUCUGGAGGAAAGUUGUUUCCCUGGCAUCAAGAACUGUGAUCUGCCUCAGAAAAACGACAAGGAACUGAGCGAAGCAUUUCGUCAGCUGCUGUCAUCUCUGCCCACAUCAGGACAAUGCGCAGCCUGGUUCACUGAAUCCGCUUUUCAUGGGGGGAAAUCCGGUCACAACUUGUACAAGACGAUAUUUUGGCAUCCUGAAAAUGGAGAUCAUCUUGAAACAGUUUCUGCUGACGACGAAAUUCUCUUGUUUUUAAAAGCACUGCGCAAACAUUCAGAAGUAAGAGAACAUAGAUCAGUGAUUCUCGAGGCUGGUGGAUUAGAAUUACUGCGUUUAGUGAGUUUAAACUAUGGUGGCGUCAAGGUGGAAAGAUUAGUCUCGCACGUCCUGGGAAAUAUGGCGAUAGAUGCUUCAUCGCGAGACAAGAUCAUCAAGACAGGCUGGUUACGGGAGCUUCGGCGAUGGAUAAAAUCGAAGGACUUGAUCGUCAAAAGUCAAUCGCUUCGAGCUUUAGCUAACUUGGACAGAGAAGGCGAAAAAGGGCAAAUAUACGAUGAUGGAAUAUUUGUGGCUUAUCCAGUCGAAAGAUUAAAAUGGUGUAGACCAGAGGUUGAUAUUGUAUUCGUUCACGGUCUUCGUGGAAGUCCUUUUAGAACUUGGAGAAGUGAAACAGAUGACUCGCUUGUGCAGACGCCGCGAAACAAGACUGGCUGUUGGCCACGGGAUUGGUUUCCAGUUGAUAUUCCAAGAUGUCGCGUUGUUUUGGUUGAAUACGACACAGAGUUGAGUGGCUGGACGUCGAAGUGUCCUUCGCAACCGGAAGUUUCGACAAUCGAAUAUCGUAGUGCAGAGCUUUUGAACAAAUUAAAAAAUGCUGGUAUAGGAAGACGUCCAGUGGUGUGGUUUGCGCAUUCUAUGGGAGGUUUAAUGGUAAAACAAAUUUUAGUGGACGCUACGAAAUCAUCAGAAUUUAGUUCAUUGCAGUCCAACACUAAAGGUGUCGUGUUCUAUGCUGUGCCCCACAAAGGUUCAGAGAUUGCUUCAAUGGUCGCUGGAAAAGCCAGAUAUUUGUUUUUACCUUCCAGUGAGGUCAAGGCAUUACAAAAAGGCUCAGAAUAUCUUGAAGUUCUACAGAAAAACUUUCUCGACUUGGUUCAAAACAACAAAGUGGAAGUUCUGAGCUUCGCAGAGACCGAACCAGCGAAAAUCGUGCGAGAUACGCUCAUAGUCUCUCCGGACUCCGCAGACUUUGGAGUGGGCGAGUUCAUUCAGCUGCCAGCUAAUCAUUAUAAUGUAUGCAAACCCCGGAGUCGCUGUGACCCAACUUACGUGAAGACGGUCGAUUUCGUUAAACGACAUUUGGUUGACAACGAGAAUUUCAUGCCAAUAAUUCUGUUUUGAGAACAGUAAUCUACACAACUGUCAAGGGCCAAAUUCCAGUUCACCGCAGCAUAGGAUUUCUGUACCCACGAGUUCAGGUUUUACCUCGUGUGUGAAAGAUCCCUUCUCAAGAGUGUUAACCGUCUCCAACUGGGUCAAAUAAAAAGCAACGGCGAUCCAGCAGAUGGGAACAGCAGGUGUACUCUGAAGGGUUGUCAUGUGUUGAACAAGACUGCCCUAACCCAGUGGGAUACGGGAGGACAUGGCACCAGAGAGUCGCGAGAAUUCAAGACAGGAUUGAUGAGCAUAGAAUGGCUAGCUUACAUGGGCAAUAUAGAUUGAAAAAACGCGCACAGCGAGGGCAGUUUUGACAAUGAGAAAUCGUGGUAAUGGAUAUUACGCAUUCGUGGGAACGAUUUCAUAUUUUGAACACCAGGCGGUUGCGAGAUAGUUCUGGAAACCGUGUUGGAAGACAAAACAAAAACAUUGAUGAAAUUCUGGACAGAAACAUGAAUUUGUGCUUGCUGAAGUAAACGGGAUCAUCACAGAUAGUGAUUGACUAAAUCUAUCAAAUGAUUCGAACCUAGCUACAAUAUAGAGUUGAUAAGUGUUGUGUAUGCAAAAUUUAAAACUUCCGGUGUAAACUCAAAAACCCGUUUUUUCGGAUCAAUUUCAACCGAAAAAUGAACCUGAAUUGGGGCUUGAUAUCAUUUAAAAUAGUCGAUAAAAAGUGGCAAUUUUUCGCAUAGAUUGCGCGCAUAUCUUUGUCUAUAUCUUUUGCCACGCACCCAGCAGUUUUUGUAUAAGGAUGUUUUGGAGAAAGCUUUCAAAAUAAUGCCCUUACCGUUGGCGCAGCAGGUUUAGGAAAUGUACCAAUAAAGUAAAACAAUGUACAAGAUUGUGAACAUUAGCAGGCCAUUAAACCUUGCGCCAAAACAGAGCUUUUAUAUUGGGCCUCUUCAUUGCACAAGCCUUGCAAAACAGCAUGACAACUGUGAAUAUAUGCGAGCUUUCAGGGUUCGCCACGAUGUUUUGAAGUUGCUGUUUUUGAAAUGCAAAGCGAACAAGAAGCGUUUGAGGGUAGCCACGAUGCUCUUGCAAACGUUCAGUUUGAGACAAACGGCAUUUCGCAUGGACAACUCGAGGAAUGAUCCGAUAUUUUGAUUUGGAUUAAGUUAUUAUUAAACAAAGGUGGUGAAUUGAUUG